UACGCGGUCUGCACAUUCGUGCAGAUUCUGCGUCUGAGUAAGAAUCAGAGUAGAUCGGAAGUGUGCGAGAUAGAACCUGUCUUUAUCAAAGAUGAGCCGAGAUUCGUUCAUCGCGGUAUACUCUUGGAUAUCUCUCCCAGAGGACGCGUACCGACCUUGGAAUACCUUUUACACAUUAUUGAUCUAUUGUCGUCAUUUAAAAUCUCACAUUUGCACCUCUACUCCAGACUUGUACAAAAUUGCGACUGGCAGCUUUGCUACUCCAAGUCCGAGAUGGUGACUCUAGAUAGAUAUUGCAGGGAUCGCCAUUUAGAUAUAGUCCCAACAUUGGACGUCGAUUCUAAUGUCAGCCAACAUCACCUGAUGCAAAUGUGGCCUAUCUUUCAAGAUUUGCUCGCAGUAUUCCCUAGCUUAAAUUAUGUUCACGUAGGCCCACGAUUAACCACUUUGUUGGUGCAAGCUGACAGUUUUGACUUGAGCGUAUCCGUUAACGAUACGCUCGAAACGGACAUGUCGGAAGUAUUCAAGUCUUACUCGUGCCUUCAAGAACUCUGGCAUAUCCUCAAUUUAAGCUCGAACACGACUCUACUUUUAUGUUCCAAUAGUUUACAUUCCAAAUCCGAGUUUCACAAUAUUCCUACUAAUAUCGUAUUUGUUGAAUACGGAUUUCAGGCUGAUUACGAUUUCUCCGAAUGGACGGAACCGUUCAGAUUAGCGGGCGGUAAUGUUUUACCAAGCUCUGGCACAGCUAGUUACAAUAGUUUGGCGGGAUGUCCUGC